AUGAAGGACGUCGGUCUUUGGAUAAUUUCCACAGUUGUUCUAAAUCAUUCACACCCUUGUUGUCCAGACCGUGUAGAGAUACUAAAACAACACAGGGAGCUAAGCAUGUUCGUGCUUUGCACCAUCGAAACCAACAAGGAAGCCGGAAUCAAACCGAGAAACACUUACCAAUCAUUCGUAGCAGCAGCCGGCAGUCAUUGGGAACUAAGUUUUAUAGAAAAAGACGUGAGGAAUUACAUCACAAGGGAAGUACGGAAUGUGUCGGAACAAGACGAUGCCAAAGAAUUCGAGAAGUACUUAUUAAGAAUGAAAGAGAAGAACCAAAAUUUCUUUUUCGAGCUUAACCUCGAAGGCAAUCACUCCAUCAAACAUGCAUUCUGGGCCGACGCAAGAAGCAGGGCUACAUGCGAAUAUUUUGGUGACAUGGUUUCAAUCGACACCACGUACAACACAAACAAGUACAAUCUGGUUUUUAGUUCUUUUGUGGGCAUGAAUCACCACGAUCAGUCAAUACUUCUCAAAUGCGCUCUGAUGAAAAACGAGGACAUCCAAUCAUUCAAAUGGCUAUGCGGGUGUUGGCUUCGUUGCAAGGGAGGAAAGGCACCAAAAGGCAUUCUCGCCGACCAAUGCGCAUUGAUGUAA